AUGCCGCUGCCCCCCAACAGCAUGGCACUGACCUCCACCAACUCGCCGCCGAUCACCAACAGCAUGCCGUCAACGCCGCAAGCGGUACCUCAAGCCCUCAAGCGCCACGCCACCAGUGCUGAUGUGCUCAGUCAAACCGCUCAACGCCAUCGUCGGAUUGACGCCGCUAUAGACAAGGCGUCCUGCCAAAUGACCAUGGACAACUCCAGCGAGUUCUCAAGUACGAUAGUGGCCAUGAUGUUCAUGGUGCAAGAACGUCAAGCUGCUCGCAAUGCUGAGUACCAACGCCAAAAGGAAGAAAGACAACGCGAGCAGGCCGAACGCGAGGAGAAACAAGCAGCGGAGAGAGAGAUGCGGGACCAGCAAUCGCUACAAUUGAAGCUGAUGCUCAUGGCAAAGUUGAUGGGCGACCAAAACAACAAUUAA